AUGAAUCUGAAUUACGAAUACAUUGCUGCUCAUCUAAGUGAUUAUAUUCAAAACGAAAACUUUUUUGAUACAUUCGAUAUCAGAGAUAUCAAAAGAAUCAUGAAAUAUUCACGUUUGACUGUAGAUGAGUACGUUACUCUUCUUAAACAGUCUUCAUCAACUGUCAAUGCCAAAGAAUUAUAUAUCAGUACACGAAAAGCAAAUGUUACUAUCCAAAACUUCGAAGAAGUUGUUUCAAUUCUUAACUUCGUCAAAAAGUACAUGAAAUUCCAUAUAUUUGAUGGAAUCAUUGAUUUCAUCAAUGAAAACGACAAACAUAUGCGUGAUUCUAAAGAAGAAAUCAAACAACCUCAAACAGAAAUAAAAACAUUACAGAAUCAAAUACAAAAUUCUGCCAAAGAAACUACAGUCACUCGAACUAAUGAAGAUCACAACUACUCUAGUGAAUUUUUAACCAAAAUCUCAUCACUUAAAGAAACCAAUGAUUUUGAUCGUGUUUACCAAUUCUUUGAAGAACUUUCUUCUCAAGGAAAUCGUGAAAUUAUUUCAAAGGCUUGUGAAGAAGGACUUUGGAAGAAGACAACAGAUUAUGGAAAGAAUGUACUUCAUAUUGCAAGUGAAAAAGGAAAUCUUAAUCUUGUCAAAUCACUUAUUGAAUGUGGCUGUGAUAAAGAAACAAAGAAUCAAAAUGAAUAUACUCCACUCAUUUCUGCAUCAGAAAAUGGUCAUCUUGAAGUUGUUGAAUAUCUUAUCUCAGUUGGAGCUGAUAAAGAUGCAAAGAAUAAAUUUGGAUAUACUCCACUCAUUUCUGCAUCAAAGAAUGGUCAUCUUGAAGUUGUUAAAUAUCUUAUCUCAGUUGAUGCUGAUAAAGAAACAAAGAAUAAAGAUGGAUCUACUCCACUCAUUAAAGCAUCACAAUAUGGUCAUCUUGAAGUUGUUAAAUAUCUUAUCUCAGUUGAUGCUGAUAAAGAAGCAAAGGAUGUAAAUGGAUCUACUCCACUCAUUUUUGCAUCAAUUAAUGGUCAUCUUGAAGUUGUUAAAUAUCUUAUCUCAGUUGAUGCUGAUAAAGAAGCAAAGGAUAAAUUUGGAUAUACUCCACUCAUUUUUGCAUCACAAAAAGGUCAUCUUGAAGUUGUUAAAUAUCUUAUCUCAGUUGAUGCUGAUAAAGAAGCAAAGAAUAAAUUUGGAUAUACUCCACUCAUUUCUGCAUCAAAGAAUGGUCAUCUUGAAGUUGUUAAAUAUCUUAUCUCAGUUGAUGCUGAUAAAGAAGCAAAGGAUAAUUUUGGAUCUACUCCACUCUUUUCUGCAUCAGAAAAUGGUCAUCUUGAAGUUGUUAAAUAUCUUAUCUCAGUUGAUGCUGAUAAAGAAGCAAAGGAUGUAAAUGGAUCUACUCCACUCAUUUUUGCAUCAAUUAAUGGUCAUCUUGAAGUUGUUAAAUAUCUUAUCUCAGUUGAUGCUGAUAAAGAAGCAAAGGAUAAAUUUGGAUAUACUCCACUCAUUAAAGCAUCAGAAUAUGGUCAUCUUGAAGUUGUUAAAUAUCUUAUCUCAGUUGGAGCUGAUAAAGAAACAAAGAAUAAAGAUGGAUCUACUCCACUCAUUUAUGCAUCACAAUAUGGUCAUCUUGAAGUUGUUAAAUAUCUUAUCUCAGUUGGAGCUGAUAAAGAAACAAAGAAUAAAGAUGGAUCUACUCCACUCAUUUAUGCAUCACAAAAAGGUCAUCUUGAAGUUGUUAAAUAUCUUAUCUCAGUUGAUGCUGAUAAAGAAGCAAAGGAUAAAUUUGGAUAUACUCCACUCAUUUUUGCAUCACAAAAAGGUCAUCUUGAAGUUGUUAAAUAUCUUAUCUCAGUUGAUGCUGAUAAAGAAGCAAAGAAUAAAUUUGGAUAUACUCCACUCAUUAAAGCAUCAGAAUAUGGUCAUCUUGAAGUUGUUAAAUAUCUUAUCUCUAUUGGAGCUAAUAAAGAAGCAAAGAAUAAUAAUGGAAAGACUGCUCUUGAUGUUGCAACUGGUUCUGUGAAAAAAUACUUUUUGGAUGACAAAACAGAAUAG